AUGGUGCUGGAUGCCACCUUCUCAAAAGAGAGGCGAGACUGUCGCUUCUCCCAAGUCCUGAUAGACGGCGGUAGCAGCAUCAACAUCCUCUACCACGACACCUUGGAGAAGCUGUCCAUCAAGGAGAAGCAGCUCCAGCCCAGCCGGACCGUCUUCCAUGGCAUUGUAUCUGGCCUUUCCUACUCCCCAAUCGGCAAGAUCAAGAUAGACAUCCUCUUCGGAGAUAGACAUCACUCCCGCCGGCAUAUUUCCUUCACCAAGGGCAUCAUCAUUAUAGCUGGCGACUACCAGAAGUUGGCUGCAUAUGCUGCCGCCAGUAGCCGGUUGGCCGAGUCCCUCGUCAUCGCCGCAGAGAAGCGACUCCUUGACCAGGUUGUGGCCAUGGACAGCAAGCAGCUAGACCUGUCGCCAGACCCCAAGGAGCCGGAAGCCCAGGGCUCAUUCCAGCCAACCAAAGGGACCAAGAAGAUCCCCUUGGACCCAGAGCACUCGGAGAGAUUCGCUGUCGUAGGGGCCCACCUUGAUAGCAAAUAG